CCCAUUCAUAUGCAAAUAGAGGAUGAAAACAACAACCAUCUUUUCAGAACUUUACUCCACUAUAGCUUGGACGUCUUCUAGGUCAACCAUUUAUGCUGCAUCCCUAUUAUUAUCUCAAAAUGAGUUUAUUGUCAUUGCUCAUAUAAACAAGGAAAUGAUUAGAAAGUGGUUUAACAGUGGCUCCACCCCAGCCCUGACUCUGAAUGUAAAAUAGCAGCUCAAGCCAUGAUAAAGACAUUUUUCCCUCCCUGGCACUUGUAGCCUUGGAGCCGUUUCCAUUCAAACCAAAGAGAGAAACCUUCAGGCGCACAGGAGGAGACUUUUUACCCUGAACAGAAAUUUAAACCAAGCCCUGCUAUCUCAAGUGAAAUGUCAAACCGGGAAGCAGGCAGCAGGUGAAGCGUGAGCACGAGCGUCCGUGUCAAAGGGAACGCAUCAAUCACUUCUUCCACUUGGCCGCUGUUAAAGUGCGCGUUCAUAUUUCCAGGAAGCUCGAGCGCUAUUUCUUACUUUCGCUCCAUGGCUCAGCGCUGCGCUCUUCCUUGCGCCCCCUUUGCGCUGUUGGCGUUCGGACUUGUUGCAAUCCUCCUUCUUACUAUCCCCACCGAGGACGUCCAGGAGGUGCCGGGGUUCAUGUAUGGUAUUGUCCUUGAUGCUGGAUCUUCACACACAGCUUUGUAUAUUUAUAAGUGGCCUGGAGAUAAGCAAAAUGGCACCGGCGUGGUCACACAGCACAGAGAAUGCCACGUGAAUGGUGGAGGGAUCUCUAGCUAUGCAGGGCAAACGGGGGCAGCAGGGCAGAGCUUGGAGGCAUGUCUGGACCAGGCAGUUAAAGAUAUUCCUAAAGACAGACACCAGCUUACACCUGUGUACCUGGGAGCCACAGCUGGCAUGAGGCUCCUGAAUGUUUCCAGCCCAGAGCUGUCCAGUCAGAUUCUGCAGGAAGUGGGUCAAAAAAUCCAGUCCUACCCUUUCAACUUCCAAGGAGCAGCAAUACUGAGCGGACAAGAGGAGGGAGCAUAUGGCUGGGUCACCGUCAACUACCUAUCAGAGAACUUCAUCAAGUAUGGUUUUGUGGGGCACUGGUUCAAACCCAGCAGACCAACAGUGGGAGCUCUUGAUUUCGGUGGGGCGUCCACACAGAUAACGUUUGCUACUCAGGAGCCAGUAGAGGAUGGGCGUGACAUGAAGAAGCUGCUUCUUUAUGGCCAGGAGUACUCUCUGUACACACACAGCUUCCUGUGCUAUGGGCAAGACCAGUUCCUCAAGAGACUGUUGGCUCAUAUCGUCAAGUCACAGGGUUACUCGGAGUCAGUCACUCACCCCUGCUACCCUGCAGGCCACAGCACAGAAUUAAAAAUGGACCAUAUAUUUAACUCUCCGUGCACAGCAAAGCACAAACCCAGCUCCUACAACCCUCAGGCUGCUUUGACAGUACGAGGCAGUGGACAGUAUGAGCAGUGUGUGGGCAACGUUUCCGAGAUCUUCUACUUUGACAGCUGUCCCUUCUCACAGUGCUCAUUUGACAAAGUCUUCCAACCAAAUGUCACCGGUAGCUUCAUGGCAUUUUCUGCAUUCUUCUACAUUCACUCCUUCCUGCAGCAAGUUACUGGGAUCACUGUGAGAACUCCACUACAACUGGAGGAAGCAGCCAAAACAGUCUGCACCAUGACUUUCAGUCAAAUGAUGCUUCAGGCUCCAGAUCAAAAGUUGCGUUUACAGGACUACUGUGCUUCCUCUGUGUUUGUCAAGAUUCUCAUGUUGAGAGGAUACGGCUUCGAUGAUACAUCAUUCCCACACAUUUCCUUCCAGAAAAAGGCUGGGGACACCUCGGUGGGCUGGGCUCUGGGCUACAUGCUGAGUUUAAGCAAUCUGCUGCCAGCAGAGGAAGUGGGGCUAAGAAAGGCCCUGACCCCAGGAGCAUGGGGAAUGCUCAUCGCUCUCUUUGUUUUGCUCCUCACUGCUGUACUGGUCUUCAUUUUCCUUCGAACCCGAAAAGGAAAGACAACUGAAAGUAGUGAAAAUGUAAUCUAGGUUCAGCAAACGUGCCCAGUGUACAUAGGAAACGGGGAUGGAGUGGUAUGUUUUAAUUGGUUUAGAUCAGUGCUUCAGACCCUUUAAUCAGAGGAUGAGUAUGUUACAGUUUGGUAUGUAAGAAUAUUCACUUAUGAUGAGCCCACAUGGAGUAAGUUAGCACUUUUUAGCAUUUCAGUCCCAGGUCGAAGUGGAAGAACAGUAAUCCCAAACAUGGACUGUACAGUUUACUCACAGAUUUUGAUUUUGACACCAAAUACAUGAAAUGAUUGUGUAACUUACUUAUUUACUUGUCUGUGUAACUUUAUAACUUCAUCUUCUUUGUGGUUAAGUUUAUGUAGAAGUAAAAUGCUGUAACCAUUAAGGAAAAUAACUGAUGUUAUCAUUGUUCAUUUUUAAUCCAGAGUGCUGAAGAACAGAGGCAACACAAUGAAAAUGUGUCACUGGCCAAGUCAUGAACAGAGCGCAGGGCUUUGAGCCCAUUUACACAACCACAAAAAUCUGAUAAAUGGGAGUAAACCGAUCAUUUUAAUAAUUGGAUCUGAUGUGUUUACAUACACUGCAGAAAUGGGAAAACCCAAAGACAUUGUUUACAUUUUUCAGUCCAUUAUCAGAUAUUUUUUAUCCUUUUAUGUUUUACGUUUAUACACCAUGAGAAGAAACAAUGGUUCAUAUCUGUCCUUGGUCUUGGCGCCCUAGGUCUUCCACUUUUUUGUAUGUGUUCUGGUUUUUCCUAUUUGUUUUUUUUUGUUUGUUUGUUUUGAUUUUUUCUUACUUGUGAUUUCAUGAUGUAACUAGAAGCACUCAGAGAGCACAGACCUCCGCUAAGCCAUAGGCUCACUAAGAAAAACCCCAAAAGACUGAACAGCCCAAUCAGCACCCCCUAUAUUUAUAACCUUCUGGAUCAGAUCCAGAACAUCAACAUGAUUCUGGUCAAACAAUGCAAACAUUGCAAGUUAUUAAAUAUAAUACAAAAGAGCACAGCUAGUUGUAUAUUGUAUCAGAGAUACAUUUAUGAAAUUUUUAUUUGAUUAAUAUGAGAUUUUUAUAUUGUCGUUAACUUUUAAGGCAGAUUUUGCACAACAGAGAUGGUAUUUUAAGGCUUUUAUAUUCUGUAAUUAUGUUGCAUUUAUUACUGCCCCCUUCAAUUUAUGUGCACAUGCAGACACACACUGAACUGUAAUAUAAAACAGAAAAAACAUUCAGUAUCCCUUAAAUUUUGAUUGAAACUAAAAUUGAAGUUGUCAUGAAAAUUUUUAUUUGUUAUUACAACCACAAAGUCUGUUGGCAUCAUUUGUGUUAAAUAAAGAAUCAAUUAGCAUUA